GCUGGGGAGAGGUGCAGAGUGAGCAAGGAUCCCUGGCCAAGCUGGCUUGGACGUCUCAGAGGCUUCUCUGCACUCUGCAAGGGAAACUGCUCCACUGUGAGAAGGACCUUGCUCCUCCCCCUGGGCUCUGCAGCUGAAACUGGGGAUUUUUCUCCCUCCUGGAGAAGAGAAGCCGCUCACUCGGGACGAGCCAGGCAAAGGUUUAUCUGCCCUUGGCUGCAGGGUUUGGAGGGGCCCGGAGCUGCUGGGAUGAGUGUCCCCCAGCAGCCUGUGCCUGCUGCCCUGGACUUGCAGUCAGCCCCCCGAGGCAAUCCUGAGCGGUGCACAUCUUGCCAGAGCCUCCUGGCAGCCUUUUCCGCAGGGCUGGAUGACAGCAGGAGCUGCCAGGUAAAUCCAUGAGCCCGUGAGAAGGCCAGGCCAGGCCGCGCCAUGGGUCAGAAGGUCACGGGUGGCAUAAAGACUGUGGACAUGAGGGACCCUGUGUACAGGCCGCUGAAGCAGGAGCUCCAGGGGCUGGACUACAGCAAGCCCACGCGGCUGGACCUGCUGCUGGACAUGCCCCCGGUGUCCUACGAGGUGCAGCUGCUGCACUCGUGGAACAACGACGACCGCUCGCUCAACGUCUUCGUCAAGGAGGACGACAAGCUGAUGUUCCACCGGCACCCGGUGGCCCAGAGCACCGACGCCAUCCGCGGCAAGGUGGGCUACACGCGGGGGCUGCACGUGUGGCAGAUCACCUGGGCCAUGCGCCAGCGCGGCACGCACGCCGUGGUGGGGGUGGCCACGGCCGAGGCCCCCCUGCACUCCGUGGGCUACACCACCCUGGUGGGCAACAACCACGAGUCCUGGGGCUGGGACCUGGGCCGCAACAGGCUCUACCACGACGGCAAGAACCAGCCCAGCAAAACCUACCCCGCCUUCCUGGAGCCCGACGAGACGUUCAUCGUGCCCGACUCCUUCCUGGUGGUGCUGGACAUGGACGACGGCACGCUGAGCUUCGUCGUGGACGGGCAGUACAUGGGGGUGGCCUUCCGAGGCCUCAAGGGCAAGAAGCUGUACCCGGUGGUGAGCGCCGUGUGGGGCCACUGCGAGAUCCGCAUGUGCUACCUGAACGGGCUGGACCCUGAACCCCUGCCCCUGAUGGACUUGUGCCGGCGGGCCGUGAGGCUUGCCCUGGGCAAGGACAGGCUGGCUGAGAUCCCCAGGCUGCCCCUGCCAGCCUCCCUCAAGAGCUACCUGCUGUACCAGUGACCCCGUGCUCCAGGACAGAGGUGGAAGCGAGGCGUGGAGCCCUGGGCUCUCCUGCUGCUCAGCUGCCUGGCCAGAGGAUCCUGCCCUGCUGCAGCCCCCGUGCCUCCCUGGCCAGCCUGGGGCAGCCCUGGCUGCACAGCUGGGUGCUCUGCUCCUCGGGAGUCCCUUCCCCAGCACACUCACAAAAGGAACAUUUACAGAGGCUCUGUGCUCCCCUCUCCUCCUGAGAGGAGGCUGUGCUGCCUCUCUGCCUUGGGGGAAUGGUUCUUCUGGAGCAGCUAAAGGGAAGGAUGGUGGUAAAAGAAUAAUAAUAAAAGUAAGAAUUAAAACAGUUUGGGGGAAGAGGAGGCAUUAGGAGUAGAAGUGUUAAGAGAAUGGAAAGGCUCAGGAUGGCCAGCAGAGUUGGAAAGAGUCUGGAAUGCCAUAAAGAAUUAAUUGAUGACUUUUUAAAAGCCAAAAAAUAAAAAGUACAACCCCAAGCCCUGAAACACCAAAACCAAGAGCCCUUCCUCCACCAGACACGCCUUCAUUUGGAGAAGGUGGUUGUGUUGCUGUCUGUAUCUGUGCUGGGACUGUCACCUUGCUGUGCUGCUGUGGCACAGGCUGUGCCUGCUGCUUCAGUGCUCGUCCUGCUCCUGCUCUGCUCUGCCUCCCCGUGGGUUUGACAGCUGAUUUUGGGUCAGGCUGUGUCCCCACACGCCUCCUUCCCGACUGGAAGCUGCAGCUUUUGCUCUGGGGUCCCUCCUGGCUGGUGUGGGACAGGGGAGGACAGACCUGAGCAGGGUGGCACUGUGUGAGCUGGCACACAGCUGGCACACAGCUGGCACAGCUGCAGGCCCUGGCCCCUGAGCUCUGCCCCACCUGAGGCUUCAGAGCAAUGCUCAGGUUCUCUGAGGGCACUGCCAGGGAUUCUCUCCUUGAUAAGCUGCUCCAGUUCAUCCCAGCCAGGCUCUGCUCUGUCCUAGACCAGCCUAAUCCCGGCUCUGCAGCAGGAGGGGCUCUGCCCUGCUGGGGGGGCUGUCCCCCAGCUGAGGAGCAAUCCAGAGGUGAUCUGCAGGCAGAAACUGAGCCUCUCCAGGGAGCAGGAGAGGGCUGCAAUAAACAGGACAAGCAAUUCAGGCAAAAUCAGCACAUCCCAAAUAGAUCCUCAGUAGCCAGGGAGAGAGGAUGCCACUCCUUUGUCAGCAGGAGCUGCUCUCUUCACCUCUCCACAGGUUACUAUGCUGCCUUUCUGGGGUUAUUUUGCACAUUUCUUUGUGGUUUUUUUCUUGAAAAAUGUUUGUGUGAUUGUUUUGGUUUUGCUUUGAGUUAUCCCUUCAGUUUUGUGUAGGUACAAAUGAGUUUAGUUGUUGAAAAUGUUAAUAUAUAUAUGUGGGGUGUAUGUAUAAGAACAUGUUUUAAACAGCUGCUGUAGGGUACCUUUUUGAAAAUAAACUACUUGCAUAGUAUAUUUUUUAAAGCACAGAGUUGGUGCCAAGACUGGGUGGGGUGUGAUGUGCCCCUUUUUUUAUUCUAAUAUUCUGAGGUUUUUUUUCAACGUAGGGGUUUGUACUAGUUUCUGUUGCAGGGUGGGACACAAAAUUCAGUGUGUGUGGAGCCCUGCUUGGUUGCCUUCAAGUGGAACCAGUGUCUUCCAGAACUCCAGGGAAGUAGCUGUGUUCUCCCUACUCCUGAUGCUCUUUGUGCUCCCUCAUUUCCAUCUCUCCUCACUUCACCAGGACAUGACUCUGUACAGUUCAGAAUCCUUUCUAUUUUAUGACUGUAGAUAGCACUCAGUAACCUAAUAAACUUUAUUAAAUAUUA